AUGCUUGUUACCAGACAGCCGGAUUCGGAGUCAAGCCAUUGGUCCAGCAAGUACCAGACCCUACUACACAAGCCCACGAACCCACGUAUGUCGAACUUCGAGGGCCCGCUUUCUUCACAACCUGAGUGGCAGGGUCACUAUUCCUACCUUCCUCCUGGGGAGCCCAAUUUGUUCGCUCAACCUUUUCAACAAGCAUCGAGCACAAAUAGCAGCAAUGCUAGCACAAUCCCUCCCCCUUCUGGUACUGCUGCGACCACUGGUGAGGCUACCAAUCACUCUGGCUCGACCAUGGUGAGCUCGCCCGGAACUCAGCCGCAGACUGGCAAUGGCCAGGCGCUGAACGCCCCGAAAGUUGAGUCACCAACUCGUGAGGCGUCCGAGUCCCAAACAUUGGCAAACGGGAUCAAGACGGAGAAUGUCCAGGAUGAGCUGUCGGUGUCAACUGCCCCUGUCGGACCUGCCAAUGUGAAGGAAUCUAGCUCAGCUUCGUCGGCCGACCGAGCCCAAGAAAUUGGUCACGAACAGGGUGGACUCGACGACACAAUCAUGAGCAAAGAGGAGGAGGACGAUCUUGUGGAUGAUGAGGACAUGCUUGACAUUGAGGGCGAUGGUGAUGGCGAAACGAGCCGUCCGAUGACGGCAGCUGAACGCACAGCGGCUAGAAGAAAGAUGAAGCGCUUCCGCCUUACUCACCAGCAGACGCGUUUUCUCAUGAGCGAGUUCGCCAAGCAACCGCAUCCUGAUGCCGCCCACCGCGAGCGCCUCUCUAGAGAAAUCCCUGGACUCAGCCCUAGGCAGGUCCAGGUCUGGUUCCAGAACCGACGUGCAAAGAUCAAGCGCCUCACAGCUGAUGACCGGGAUCGCAUGAUCAAGAUGCGGGCUGUUCCUGACGAUUUUGACAAUGUUCAAGCUCUCCACUCCCCAUAUGGAGCAGUCCACACCAUCAACACUCCCCCUAUUACACCGCAUAUCGACUUCCAAACGCAGUCGUAUGCAGAGCACAUGAUCAGGCCUCUGAUGCUGGACACCAUUAGAAGAGGCGACGGGGAUGCAAACAUGUCUCCUACUGGAAUGAAUCCGUCGUUUGGAGGUAUUGGGUUCAGCCAAAGCUCCCCGGACAUGCUCUCGCCCAUGUCGGCGACUUCCAACGACAGAGGAUACUAUUCCAGCCACCUGACGAGCCCGAUGACCAGUGGUCCACGUACAUCUAACCCUUUCGCGAGACAAUCGGGCUUGGACGGAGGUAUGCAGAUGCAAUCUAGACAGCAGGUUCGGCCACUGCAGCCGCUUCAGCUGCGGGAGACCAUGUCGAGAUCCAGAUCGGAUACCAUGCAGUCGCCGUUGAGGACAAGCAUGUCAUGGAAAGGCGAUGCAAUUGACUACGGCUAUCAGAGUGGCAAUGCGAGCCCUGCAAUUUCAGGCCGUCACCAGUCUGUGUACCCGUCUGAACAAGGCGGCUCGACUUCCAACAGUGGUAUGAACUACGAAUCCGGAUCAUAUUCCACUGGUUCCCUGCAGUCAUCUCCAACUCACAUCAACUACUCGAGCCUACCCGCUACGCUUCAGCAUCCCCCGCAGAACUCCCGCCUUCGCGCCGCGACAGCCACUCUUCCGCUGAACCUGGAUCUUCGGACCCAACAGUACCGAUCGGUCUCUUCGGCGCACAGCCUGCAGGGCAAUGGACCCGCCACCCCUCGUGCUACCUCGGCUACUCCAUACUCUUCAGCCUAUACCUCUAGCUUCCCGUCAGCCCCCCUCACGGCACCUGUCGACUUUACACAGCCGAGAACUCCCGGUAUUCGAUCCGGACUCUCUGACUAUUCGAUGCCUCAGAUGAGCGCGCCGAUUGCUCCCCCUCAUGACUUCUCGCAUGCUCUCCACGGUGGUAUGCCUGGAUCUAGUACCAGGACUCCCAUGAGAGAUUCAUUUGGUGGAAACGCAGUGAACACGAGCCAGUCUCAGAGCUCUGAGAGAUCCGACGACUACUCGCAUGACAGCUACAUGAAGCGAAAGCGUAGCUUCAGCAACACUCCGGCCCCGCAAGCUUUCUCUCACACGGCAUGA